AUGUUAGGCGUGGUAAAAUUAUUUCUCUGCUUAGUAUUUCCGGCAUUUGCACUCCAGCAGGAGAUCUUAAACCAAGACUGUCCUUUGUAUGCCGGAACGACCUUUUUCGUCAACACUUCUGGAGUAAACUCUCCUAAUUGUGGGGCUUCAUCGAAGCCCUGUUACAGCAUAUCCUACGCCGUCAAUCUAGCGGUUAGAAAGAACGUUAGCUCGCUAACUGUUAAUAUUUCCACGGGAAAAUACGAAGAGUUGGAAAGUAUUAAACUGGACUGUGGAAGAUGGAGCUUACGGAAAGUUACUUUUUGGGGAGAGCGGUUAGUGAACAGAGUAAUAUGGUUUUGUGUGUGUGUCCAAUGGCUUUUUCACGUGAUAACUUAUCAACCGCUUUGUAUUUUGAUUUUCUCCAACUUUGCUUAUAAAAAAUGCUGCAAUCUAUUUUUCACCUUUGGUUUCCUCUAAAAGUUUUUUUGUAACUUUUUUUAAAAUAGGGUUAAUGAACAAUUGGUCGAAGUUGACUAUUCAUUAGACGUGCUGCUCUGUGAAGUGAGCUUGAUUGAUCUUCACUGGCUAAAUAGCAGGCCAGUGAUUCACCAAGCCUCUAUGUCAGAUGUGGCGAUCUGCCAGUGCACUGUAAAAGGAACAAAUAUAAGCAUCACUGGUAGCUCAUCCAACAUUAUUCUUAAGUACAGCAACAUUUCAAGCAGUUCAGGUUACCAUCCAAAGUUACCAUUACUAUCGAUGGCAACUCUUUCAGGAUUUCACAACUUCGUGCAGAUUUUAAAUUGCAACUUUGUGAAGAAUGUUGGGCCUGUCCUUACUGUAGAAAACAUUUAUCAAACAUCUAUUGUUGACUCAUAUUUGGAAGGAAACAAAGUACUGGCAGGUGGUUCUAUUAUUACGGGACAUGUUUCACAUCUUAAACUCUCUGGAACAAAAUUUAUCAGAAAUGUUGGACAUUUGCUGUUUUUAGAUGAUAAUCAUUCCUUGGCCAGUUUAGAGGUGAGUAUAGAGGUCACAGCAAGCUUUUCAAGUUAUUUUAGCUCUGAAUUUGGAGCAGUUAACCCUUCACAACCUAAGAUGGUUCUCCAUACUGUUUUUCUACACAUUUCCUCACUCCUUUAACCCCCCCUGAAUCAAACAUUAAAAUGUUUGAUUCAGGGGGGGUUAAAGGAGUGAUGAAUCAAAAGAUGUUGACACAUUUCAAUUUGUUUUAUAGUAUGACUAAUAACUUUGUUUUUUUGUUGGUUAUGAGGAAUGUGAUUUCAGCUGUAACAUGGUCAAUAAGAGUUUGUUUUUGUCACCUGUGCUGUUGCAAAACGUUCAUCAAGUGUCCUGUGAUGACUGCACUGUGGAUGCAGACUGCCCAGGUAAUAUGUCUGGUUGAAGUUUCAAAUUCUGAAGUAUUUUUAAGUUUUAGGUUGAAAUUACUUAAUAUAUACCGGUAAGUCAAAUCUGUGAGUUGUGUACUUAAAACCAAUAUGCUAGUGGUUGCUAUAUUGAAUACAUGUAUGUAUAGUAUGGACUAUUCUUCAGUUCAGGGAACCUUCACUUUCUGAUUAAGGUCAGCUGGAUAACUUCUUUCUGUAAUGGAAGGUUUAUCUUGUAUCAUUUUUAUAAACAAGGCUUGCGUUUACUCUUGGCUCCCAGUUCAAAGAUCUCCCUUCUUGCUGUCAUUCACAUUUCCAUUUGAACUGGUUAGGGAAAUUCAGUGAAAUCUCAAGAUUACACCCUCUAGCUUGUAAGUUUAUGUGUUCUCAUCAGCCUGGUCCCAGUUGUUUAAAUGUUGGAUAACACUAUCCUCUGGAUAAAUUGCUAUCUGGUGAAUAGUGCAGUACAUUUUGUAAACAGUUAUCCACUGGAUAGCAAUUUAUCUGUAGGGUUUAAACACAUGUGACAAAGCUUGUUGGGAAUAUGACUAAAGACAUUUUUUUCUUGGGUUUCAGUCCUCUGUGGACCAGGGGAGUUUCUGUCAAGUAACAUUCUUUGCAGUCCUUGUCCAGUAGGAACUUACAGCUUAGGAACUGCGUCAAACAAAAGCAUGCUACGAUGCACAAGGUAAACUGUAAUAAUAAGGUAAACUGUAUUAUAGGUAGAAGCUGAAGGGAGGUUUCUUGUGAGAUAAAUGAAAAUAGACAGUGGAAGAAAACUCUAAGCAUUCAUUUCACAAUAAAUGAUUUUGAGUAGAUGCAAGUAUUAAGGUACAUAUGGAUGUAGCCUGACCAGUCCAAAUUUGUAAUAGAGCCUGGAACUACCAUGCAGGACAUUAGGGGAGAUUUCUUAGAAAGGUGGUUUAUUAGAAAAGAGAGAAGGGCUUGUUGGACAGUGGGCUGUUAUAGAGGGGGCAUGUCUGAGAGGGGGCAAAUCAGAGAGGGGGCAUACUCAAGAGGAGGAUUUUCUAACAGAAGGGUGGUGUUUUUUCGACAGUGGGCUUAUCAUUGAGGGAGCCUUGUUAUAAUGGAAGAGGGGUGGGCUUGUGGAGACAAGGGCUUCUUAGGGAGGGGAUCUUUGACAGGAAAGCUCAAGAUGGGGGGGGGCUAAUUUAAGAUGAGGACUUUUAAGAGAGGAGUCUUAUUUAUGAGGGCCAAUGAAUAGAGAGGGAGCUUAUUACAGAGAUGGGCUCAUUAAAAUGUGAGUGCUCUAUAUGGAUUGUUAACAGACCCUUUGGUGUCUGUUUCCCUUAUUAAUACUCAUCAGAGAAAAUUUCACCAAACACAUUGAAGUAUUAAACUUAAUUGCUUGUGAUCUUGCAGCUGUCCAGCUGGAACAUACAGUUCAAAGACAAGAAGUAUGCAGUGCACACGUUGUGCAAAGGGUACCUUUGCAUCAAAGACAGGGUUUGUAUUAUUAUUAUUAUUAUUAUUAUUAUUUUUUUUUUUUUUUUUUUUUUUUUUUUUUUUUUUAUUUUUUUUCUUGUUGUGGUUGAUAAGAUUCCAGUUUUCUAAAACAGGCACUUGUAAAGAUGUUUCUUCCUUGGUUAUAAACUCAGAGAACUCAACCUCAGUACACUGUGUAGCAUGCGCCAUUAUUGAGUUUUAAGGAUUAAGAUUUGUGUAAGGAAGCAAUGAAAACAUUUCUGCGUGACAUUACUGCAACUGACAGUUUAGUAGACCGUUUCCUAUUCCCGAAAUAGAUUUAGGUCAAGUGCGCAUUCCCUCUUGUAAAAUUCCGCUUUAUUUGUAUGAAGAUUAUGGAAUAAAUAUGCAGUAUUUCUAGAGAUCUUUAUAGAGGUGUCUUAUGUGCAUGUGUUGAAAUAUGAAAGUUACCUCGUGAUACUUUAACCCUUUAACCCCUAUAAGUGAUUAACAUGUAACUUCUUGCUAUAACAUACACGCAUUGUCCAACCAACAUGUUAUAAGAAUACUCAAAUUUAUCAAGUAGCUGAUUUAACAUCAAAUUCUCGUGACUUAUUAACAAGAAAAUGUAUAGCAGUUAGAUGGGAGAAUUAACAAUCAGAUCUUGGGAGUUAAAGGGUCAAGAAUGAAUAGAUAUAUUGACUUGUUUCAGGUCGACAUCGUGCACCAAGUGUAAGAACGAUUUUUUCACCUCAAAACCAGGUCAAUCUUCAUGUUCUUCAGGUAGGAAGUAAUUUGAUUUUAUUAGUUUCUGGUUUUUCUAUUUGGUCUCUCUUGUUUUGUCUCUUAUGGCUAAGUACGACAACAGGGAUAAUUAAAUAUUGUGGCUAAUAACACAAUACAAUGGCCUGAUCAAGGCUCGAACCCAAAUCUCUCUUCCUGGAGUCCUGCUCGCAGACCAUUAGGGCUCUGUGGCCCUCCAUAGUAGAACUCAGAAAGUUUUGUCUUUAUUUUUGUUCUUUACUUUUUUUUUUUUCCUAUCAGCGAGAAUUGGUUUUAUCGUGUUCACAGUGUUCGUGUCUCUUCUAAUUGCCGGGCCCCUGCUGAUUCUGAUCUUGCAAAAGCGUUCAAGAGAGGAGAAGUGUUCCUUGUGUAUUCCCCGCUCGCCGUCAAGGCAGAGAUUGCGCGAAGAUAAACAACCUAACAUCUAUGUUAUACAAAAUGAAUAA